CCAGUGCUGAUGUGCCGGUCCAACAACUACCCCAAGGGUUUCUACUGCAGCUGGCACCUGCCCACUCCCACCUACAUCCCCAACUCCUUCAACAUCACUGUCAUACACGGCACGAAAGAGAUGGUCUGCGAGAAGGAUGUCUUUCCCAAAAACAGGUGUCACAUCAGAUACCUCCAGCUCUUCUCGACGGUGAAGUACAAGGUGACUCUGACAGUCACGAAUGCUCUGGGCAAAAACUCCACCACCCUCACCUUUGACGAGUUCGCCAUAGUAAAGCCAGACCCUCCGGAAAGCGUGGUGGCCAAACCUGUCCCAAAUAACCCUCGGAGACUGGAGGUGUCAUGGCAAAACCCCUCAUCCUGGCCUGACCCCGAAUCUUUCCCGCUCAAGUUCUUCCUGCGGUAUCGGCCCCUCAUCCUGGACCAGUGGCAACACGUUGAGCUGUCGGACGGGACAUCACACACCAUCACGGACGCCUAUGCUGGCAAGGAGUACAUCAUCCAGGUGGCUGCCAAAGACAAUGACAUCGGCACGUGGAGUGACUGGAGCGUGGCCGUCCAUGCCACCCCCUGGACAGAGGAGCCCAAGCACCUCACCACAGAGGCCCAGGUCACAGGUGAGAGUCGCCCUCCCAGUACAAACAGGCUGUGCCCAGAGCCAGGGGAGCCCAGGAGUCCUGGCUGA